AGCGUAGUGGCAUGCACACAGGGUAAUUAAGCAACACGAAUACAUCACCGAGAUACUACCACCACCACCUCCUAAGCGGCUGGUUUAUUACUAGCUGGGCUAGCUGACAUGGCAGAGGUGCAUGCCCCGCACGUCGUCGUGCUCACCAGCCCCGGCGCAGGGCACGUCGGCCCGGUGGUCGAGCUCGCCACGCGCCUCGCCGCGCACCACGGCUUCACCGCCACGAUCGUCACCUACAGCAACCUCUCCUCGCCCACGCACUCCUCCGCUCUCGCCUCCCUCCCGCCACGUCUCUCCACCACGGAGCUCCCCGAGGUGUCCCUCGACGACCUCCCCGCCGAUGCGCACAUCGUGACGCGCAUCCUAACUGUCGUGAGACGCACGCUGCCGCACCUCCGCACGCUGCUCCGCUCCCUCCUCGACGCCCCCGCCGGCGUCACGGUCUUCUUGACCGACAUGCUCUGCCCUGCGGCGCUCGCCGUUGCCCAAGAGCUCGGCGUGCCGCAGUACGUCUUCUUCACCUCGAACCUCAUGUCGCUGGUCUCGCUGCUUUACACACCGGAGCUCGCCAGGACAACCACCUGCGAGUGCCGCGACCUCCCGGAGCCCGUCGUCCUCCCGGGGUGCCUGCCGCUGCAUGGAGCCGACCUCGUAGAACCCGUCCAGGACCGCUCCAACCCAGUGUAUCCUCUCAUGAUCGACCUGGGCCUCGACUACCUUCAAGCCGAUGGUUUCAUCGUCAACACCUUCGACGCCAUGGAGCACGAGACUCUGGAGACGUUCAAAGUGCUUUCCGACAAGGGUGUGUACCCUCCGGCCUACGCGGUGGGCCCGUUCGUCCGGUCGUUCUCCGACGAAGCGGCCAAGCACCACUGCAUGCGGUGGCUUGACGGGCAGCCGGACGGGUCAGUCUUAUACGUGUGUUUCGGCAGCGGCGGCACCCUGUCUACCGUGCAGACCGCUGAGAUGGCGGCCGGGCUGGAAGCCAGCGGGCAGAGGUUCCUGUGGGUCGUGCGGUUCCCCAACGACAAGGACAGCAGCGCAAGCUACUUUGGGACGACGACCCACGGCGACGACCCGCUGAGCUACCUGCCGGAGGGGUUCACCGAGAGGACCAGAGAUGCCGGGCUCGCCGUGCCGCAGUGGGCGCCGCAGGUGGAGAUCCUGGAUCACCGCGCCGUGGGAGGGUUCCUAUCUCAUUGCGGGUGGAACUCCGCCCUGGAGGCGGUGGCCGCGGGCGUGCCGUUGCUGGCGUGGCCGCUGUUCGCCGAGCAGAGGAUGAACGCGGUGAAGCUGUCGUCGGAGCACGUCGGGCUGGCUCUGCGGGUGAGGGCGCGGGAGGACGGAGUGGUGCCACGGGAGGGGGUGGCCGCGGUGGCGAGGGAGCUGAUGGUGGGGGAGAAGGGCGCCGCGGCGCGGAAGAAGGCGCGCGAGCUGCGAGCGGAGGCGCAGAAGGCGUCGGCUCCGGGCGGACCUGCUCACCAGAUGCUCGCAGCCAUCGCCAACACGUGGAAGUGUGCGGCUGAUCCGGCGGUUGGAGCUGGUGGAGUGUGAAGAUUUGAUCGUGUCGUACGUGUGACUUGUGCUUUGCCGGCCGGCGAGUCGCCGCGACCGCGCGACGUGUCUGAGUGCGUGCAACGUUGCUGUAUCCGUAUGUCUGUGCACCGUAUGUUAUGCUGAUGUCUAUUUUUGCGUCCUCA